AUUUUAAUGAGCUGUUAUUGAGCAUUAUUCACUAACGUAUUAGCAUAUGCAAUGUAGACGAAUGUAAACACCAGUGCAAAGUGAGUGUGGUUAUAGACAAAAGGAUCGUUGUAUUUGUGAACCACAACAAUGAAUGAUGAUAUUAUUAUCGCAAAUUUUCAAUAAAUUUGCUCUUUUAUCACAACUGAACCUGGAAAUGUGUAUUAUCGUGGUUUACGUUAAUUAUGACCUAUUGUAGCGUUGAACAUAUUUUUAUCAUGCUCAAUGGAGAGUACCGUGAAUGAACGGACCCAUCUGUUGGAGGUGUCCGAGCAGCAGCAUGAGACGCCCUCGCCCACCGCCUGUGAGGCGACUCCGCCCCGGAAGCCGGACGAACAGAGCGCCCUCAACAGGAUACUGCAUGAGACAGCCACUAAUGUAAUCGACGUGGGCGCUCUUGGCCCAUACUCGUUGGAGGCUGGCGCGUACAGCGAGCGAGUGCGUGCUUACACCGCCCGAGCCGCCGCCGCAGCCCUAGCGCCGGCCGCGCCGGCAGUCCUACUGGCGGACCAGCCUCCGGCGACUCGACGGAAACUACUGGCGGCCCCGCCAAUGACCAGCGCGGACAGAGAACUGAUAACGAACGCUGUUAAGAAAGCCGCCGCCGCUAUAUCGGAGCUGAGGGUGGAACACCACGAGGACCUGGUGGUGCCGUUCAGGGUCCCAUAGCAUCGGAGUAUAUCCGAGUGUUCCCAUUGAAUGAACUUUGAACUAUGGGAAUUUGUAUAUAGUGAUAUGUUCUUGACAACGCCAUCUAUGUCGUGGUGUGAGCGUUAGGUGUCGCUUCAGUCGGUAUUUGUGUUAUUCGUAUAUCGUCUAAUGUAUUCCCUGAAGCUAACUUAGUUAACGAUAUAUAUAAAUAUCAACUUCAUUGUAAACGUACAAGGUCGGCGAUUGUAAUGUUUGCAUCAUCAGUUUAUAUGUAAAGAUCACCAAUGCCGUACAAGACCUACAGAAUUUUAUAUUUAUUUGAAUUAACAUGAAAGAAGCCACAGUAACGAGACGGUUUAAAUAUUCAAACGCUUGCUGACCUAACUAACCGUGUAUCAUAUUUUAUAUUGAUGUUAUAUAUUGAAUAAUUUAAGAUGUUCAAAGUUUUAAUUACAUAAUUUUCUAUGAAACAUUGUCUCGCUCGUGUUACGUACAGAUAUUAAAUAUGCAUAUAUUACUUUUAUACGAAUCGCAACGACUUCUUCAAACGAAAUUAUUGCGAUCUGUAGGUAAUCGAUUAAUAAUAAAUAAUGGAGCAUGCACUGCAUCCUAGUAAAAAAACAUAAUUAAAUAAAAAAUUACUUAGAAUAAUAAAACACUGAUUUUGCAUGGCGUGAACUGUAAUAUCGUUAAUGUUCUAAUAAAAUCUUUCAGCCAUCAAUAUACACGAAGUAAUUCAACAUGACUCGAACAGUAUUACAAGACAAACGUAAUAUAUAACAGACUUCAUAAAACCUUUUUGUUUUUAUCUAUAAUUUAAACUCUAUUAAUUGUCAGUUUGACGGGUGACAUUUUUUUUUUCGUCCCGCUCUACUUACGUGUAAACUUGCUAUGUGUGAGCGAGAUAGAUAGAUAUAAUCCCGGCUUCAUAAUUCGCUAUUCACAGAGUGACAGCUGUAUUCAUAUAUAUUUGGACGAGACAUUUUGAAUACAAACACAGAUUAUCAUAAUUUUAUAUAUAAAUACGAUUGCAUAAAUAUUAAAUUGUCAUAGGUUUAUUUUACAAAGUUUUGCUAUGAGUGCCAAGUUGACGCUUGACGUGGCGCCAAACAACGGAACUAAUGUUAUACUACACCACAUAUUAAUGAUCGUAGCUCUUAAGGUGGUAUUAGUUGUUACUUUAAUGUUUAUAAAAAAUAUAUUUAGCAGUCUGUGUUAAGAAUGUAAAAGUUUUUUUUUUUUUUUGUGGAAUUCAAUUAUUUUUUAUGUGAAUUGUAUAAAAUGUUGAUUAUGCCAUUAUUAAAGUACCUAUUAAAAUAA